UUAUAAAACAUGGAGUCCUCAUGUUCAGUCAGUAUGUCUACCUUGGGCUGCUGGCAAAUUGGAUGGUGAUAAUAGUUACCUUUUGACAAAAUAAAACAUUUUUACUUUGUUACUAGGUGAGAUACGAAGCCAUCAAGAUUCCAAAAUGGCUUCCAUUUUCAGAGAUGCACUCAGUAGAUUACUAUUCCUCUUAUACAAAGAACUGCACAGAGAAAUUUACGGAGAAAGAAAUCAGAGAUAUCCGAGCACAUUAUUAUGCCAUGUGUGCAGAAACGGAUGCAAUGCUUGGCGAGAUAAUUUCUGCUCUAAAUGACACAGGACUACUCAGAAGGACUCUUGUCGUAUUCACUGCAGAUCACGGAGAGCUUGCCAUGGAACACAGGCAGUUUUACAAAAUGAGCAUGUAUGAAGCAAGCUCCCAUGUUCCUCUCCUUAUAAUGGGACCGAAUAUUAAGCUGCAGUUCAUCCCCAGUGUGGUAUCCCUUGUGGAUAUCUACCCUACCAUGCUCGACGUUGCUGGAAUACCUAUACCAAAAAAUCUCAGUGGAUAUUCACUGAUGCCCCUGGUAUUGAAAGAGGCAGAUGAUAAAGUCCCAACUAAAAAGCAACAUCCUGCUUGGAUUCUGAGUGAAUUCCAUGGCUGCAAUGUGAAUUCUUCGACCUACAUGCUGAGAACUAACAGAUGGAAAUACAUAGCAUACUCGGAUGGUCGUUCAGUUUCUCCUCAGCUGUUUGAUCUCUCUGCCGAUCCCGAUGAACUAACAAAUGUAGCAACCAAGUUUCCAGAGAUCACACAGUAUUUGAACAAAAAACUCUACUCCAUCGUUGAUUAUCCCAAAGUCUCUGCCUCUGUUGAACAGUACAACAAACAGGAGUUUAUCAACUGGAAACAAAGUUUAGGACAAAACUAUUCUGAUACCGUAGCUAACCUCAGGUGGCACCAGAACUGGAAGAAGGACCCAAAGAAGUACGAGGAUGCAAUUGAUAGAUGGAUUAAAGAGAAGACAAAUCUGUGAAAUGUCUGCAGAAAGUGAGAAUGGACAAUCUGCUCCUGAAUGUAAAGAGGCAGUGCGGGUGCAAUAAGCAGUUACCUCUUACUGCAACAGAUACUGAAAUGGGACAUGGGAUCAGAUGCUAUCCUCCAGUCCCUCCCGUUUCCCGACACAAAUGUACUCUGCUAAGCUAUAAAUACUAGCUAGCCCCAGUUGCCUGUUAACCAGGAUUUGCUAGCCAGCUUCAGAAUCUGAUUUCAACUCUGGUUAAGAAUCCCUGCUAAGUGACCUGUGAUUAACAUGGAUGUUGAUAUAAUGGCCUUAUUGGGACAUAAUGUUAAAUUAUGGUUGACAGCAUGAGCCUUGUCUGCACUUCCCAUCUCCCUUCUCCUCUGGCACAGCCACAAAGGGGAUAUCAAAAUAUUUUCCUUCCAUUUUUAACCAGAGUUUACCAUUAUGUUCAAACCCCAGUAAACCAUGCUUAGUCUCAACUAUGGUUCAGAGAAACCAACCAACUUCAAGCUGCAUUUUGUGAAUGUGAUGCCACACUGGGCCCUGCCAAGACUUGGAAAGUAUUCUGCCAGCAAAGCCCCUGAGCAAAGGAUACCCUAGAGAGCAAAUGGAAACCACCACCCCUCCACAAUCUCUAGCACUGAUAAGAAGCCCUUAACAUCUAGGGAAAAUCUCACCAUGCCUGUAUCCAGAGGUUGCUCUAGAAGGACUCUUGAGGUGGGUUCCCAACUCAUCCCCCUUUCAGAGGGGGAGAACGAACCAUCUCCCAGCCCCAGAGAGCAUAGAGCCCAGAAAGUCUAGGUUUGGGCUGGG